UCUUGAACAACCUUAGAUAUUAUCAUCACACUUUCCCUGUCUCUGAGUCUAGAGACACUGCAGAGAAAAAAACUGUCUUAACUAUAAAAACUGCUCAGAGAACAAGAGACAGAUAGGGGGAGAGACAGCUACAACAAAACAGAAAGGGUUGCAGAUGUGCUGAAGAGCUCAGAAUGAUGGACUAGUGUAGAAUGAAAUUCACCCAAGCCAUCGGGAAGAAGUGUUAUCAGACGCACUUCUGGAGAUAAUCUAACUCAAGAAGACAAAAGCUCAGAAAUUGACUGCACAGCUGCUGUGGAACAGCAGAAAUCAACCACUGUUGUGUGUUUGUGAUUUCCAGCUGUGUGUGUUUGUUUGUGUGCAUCCCCGUGCCGCCCUUGACCUGACUGGACUGACGCCAUGCUGUGGACGAUCCUCCUGGCUUUGAUCCUGCUGCUGUUGCUCCAGGCUCAGCUGCUUGUUUGUCUACACCAACUUCGAACCACUCUGACCGCUGUGACUUCGACAACCCCUUCUGGAACUUCCAAUGCCACUGCUUUGCAACGUCUGCCAGGAGCCAUCAUCAUUGGAGUGCGCAAGGGAGGCACCAGGGCUCUUUUAGAGAUGCUCAACCUACACCCAGAUGUGGAGGUAGCCAAAACUGAGAUCCACUACUUCAACCUGGAGGAAAACUUUCGGAAAGGUCUUGACUGGUACCGUGCACAGAUGCCCAUCACCCUCCCUGGACAGCUGACAGUGGAAAAGACCCCUGGAUACUUCACAGCACCACCAGCUCCAAAAAGGAUAUGGGCCACAAAUCCAGCUGUGAAAUUGCUGCUGAUUGUUCGCAACCCAGCAGAGAGACUAGUGUCAGAUUAUACACAAGUUCUACACAACAGAAUUCAGCAGAACAAGCCAUAUCAGCCACUGGAAGAACUGCUACUGCCACAAGGACACAUCAACCCCAACUACAAGGCCCUUCAGCGGAGUUUUUACUACCAGCACCUGUCCAGAUGGUUGGAGGUUUUUCCCAGGGAGCAGAUUCACAUUGUGGAUGGAGAGGCACUGAUCCAGAAUCCAUUCCCUGAGCUCCAGAAAGCUGAGAAAUUCUUGGAACUUCCACCUCGGAUAAAGCCAGAUAAUUUCUACUUCAACAUCACAAAAGGUUUUUAUUGUAUGCUGUCUGCGGGGCAAGACAAGUGCCUGGAUGAGUCGAAAGGAAGACCACAUGCACCACUUAGCAAUGAGGCAUUCCAGAAACUCUGUCGAUAUCUACAAGUACCCAACCAAAUAUUUUUCAGAAUGGUGGGGCAGAGGUUUGACUGGGGCUAAAGAAGGCCAAAAAUGAUUGACGCCUUUUGCAGAGACUGAGAAUGGGAUUCAAACUAUUAUUGGCAAUCUGGUUCUAUGAAAAUAUUCCAAUGUUGCCAUGUAGUGAUUGGGUCAGAUGUGACUGGAUGACCAGUUUGCUUGUGCUAAUACAUAUACAGUUUCUCUUCUGUGGAGAACAGAAUAGUUCUUCACGACUUCACUAUUUGAACCUCCCAUUAUCUCUAAACAUUUGAUCCAUCAGUUCACACCUAGAUGCUGUGUAUUUUUGGUGGAAAACAGUAUCUAGAUUUCCACUCAGUGAAGAGACUGAACUUGGAAGUACAAGUGGUGGACUCUGUUUUCUCUAAUAGAAAAUAAACAAAAUGUGUAUAAACAUUAAGGUUUGCAUAUAACAUGAAAAAGACUGAACAUAUUUUCAGUUGCUUGGAAGCAUUUAACAAAAAAUUCUGCUUUGUCAGCUGUAGUAAUUGUAGUUUAAUCAUUUAAUUAUCAUGUGUAAUAUACUAAUUUGUACUUGAAUGUUUGAUUUGAAUUUUUGAAUAGAAUAUAUAUUUUUAAAUUAAUUGGUUCUUUAUAUUAAUAAGAUAUUUCAUAAUGUUUUAAGUUAAUGCACUACAUUCUGU